UGGCACUUGGCACGGCUUCUGCCUGAGUUUGGUCCCGCGCUUUGACCCGAUGCACUUCCUUCAUAACGUUCAGAGCUCACUGUAAGGGCCGUUUGCUCAGAAAUGAGGCGGUUGCAUUCAAGAUGCAUAGCAACGCCGGUUUGGACGACUGCCGCACUUAAUGCCUGAUAACUUGUUGAUGAUCUUUGUUUUAACCUUUUUAGUGAAAAAGCAGUCACGACAUUCCAUAUAUGGUACAAAUGUUGGCAGCAUUCAGCAUAAGCGCUUGCUUUAAAAACGGAUUACCCCGCAAUGUUUUGUCCACUCACGCAAACUUGUUUAUUAAACCGUAAUUUGCUGCAGCUACGGCGACCACGAAAUUGUAACGUACGGAAUGUUGCCUCAGUACCAAAAGGCAAGAUAUAGCUCAGCCGUGAUGACGUACGAUAACAUAUUACAGCAAAGUUCAUUUAAUGUAGAAGAGUUAAAGCAUUCCUGCAAAUUCACUGCAUCCAGAAGCUUUCAUUUUCGAUAAACCACACCGCAAUAAUUCGUUUCCGAAUCACGGACAAUGCACAUAUCAUCAUCAACCUAUCGCCUAAUCUUUAUUAUCAUAAAUAUUAAGCACAUCUGCGGCAUGGACACAUGCAAUGAGCCUAAAUGCAACACCACAUUCACUACAUGGGUAAGAAUUUCGCACCACCCAUGCAGCGUGUCUUGCAGCAUCAACGAUGCAAUUACUACGUUCCAUAACUAUGCAUCGCUGCAAACACUGCUGGCAUAAUGAAUGGUUGCAUACCAACUAAUGGCGCCUUAAAAUUUCAGCCUUUGAUCGCAGCACGGGUCGCCGGCGAAGCUUCGUCGCUUCACAGCCGGCACAACUCGAAUUGUCUCGGAGCCAGGCGCGCCUGUUACCGAGCGGCGAUUUGUACAACCGCAUCAACCCAUGAAGAAUCCUCGCUUCGAGAGCCUCUAACGCAACCCAGCCUCUUUCAGACCACCGAGCUGGACAGCCUCUGACACGGCGCAGCCAGUUGCAGGGAAGCCUAACUUUUACAGCUCCUGACACGCAACGAUGCAUUUCAGAGAAAAUUGACAUAGCAUGAUGUUGAAGUGAAUUUCCACUUCCCUGGCUGGCUUAUGACACAGCAGUUUGUUGCAGAGCACAGCUUGGACGUUUCUGCCUGGUAGUUUGUUCUACAGAGGUCCGGCACUAGAACAAAAAUUAUGCGGCGGGCAAGCCAGACAUAGCCUGCUUCCGACAUGUCUCUAUCUCUGGCAGGCGGCUCAACUUGGAGCAGUCUCUGACACGGCGCGGUCUGUUGCAGAGAAGCCCAAUCUGGACAGCCUCUGACACAGCGCCCGGCGACCAUACAGAAGUGCCAGCCCCGGGGAAGAGUCCGCCAACCUGCUCAGCCUGGAGGACGAGUGACGUCAUCGCCUCUGUCCGCCUCGCCCGCUCGCUUUCCUCGCCGCUCCUCCCCGAGCCGACUUUUGCCUGUCGUGCGCCGCGCUCGCCUGUCUGCCGCGGGCGCCUGGUCUCGUCCCUGCCCCUCCCACUCGCUUCCGUUCUGCGUACGCGCCUGCUGGGCGGUCCCGCGGCUCCGCGCAUGUCUCGGCGUCACGUCUAGUGUGCGCCUCGCCGCCCGCUGCCACCAUGCCCAAGAAGAAGCCGCACCCGCUGGCGCGCCUGCGCUACUACGUCACGCUCGUUAUGAGCGUGGUGGCCAUCUUCUCGUUCUUCGCGCUGCUGUUUCUGGUACCGUUCGUGUUCGACCCGGCCAUCUCGACGCUUUCGGCCGACUUUCCGGAGGAGCCGGCGGCCUGCAAGCUGAGCCAGGUGCGCGUGGGUGAGCAGCUCUCGGCCUGCAACUGGACGUCCUGCAGCGAGGGCUGCACCGCCCCGCUCACCUACUGCGUCCAGCUGUGGACGAGCGUCUCCAGCGUGCCGUACCGCCAGUUUGUCGCCGACCCGGAAGGCUACGGCGAGCAGAUAUGGGCCGAUAGCGAAGCCCCGCUGCGCAUCAACAUCCAGGGCUGCGGCUACCCACCACAGCUCAACUGCACCGAGUUCUUCCGCAGCGUGCUCGGUGUGAAGAAAGUCAGCGCCGAGACGGUCAACGACACCAAGCUCCGGCUAGGCCCAUUCCCCUGCUAUCCGAGCGGCCAGCAGCAGGACCUGGUCAUAUUCCAGUACGACCACGGGCAGGUGAUGUACGCGCUGGUGAUGGCGGCCGUGGUGCCGUCGCUUGCGCUGCUCAUCUCCAUCGGCACGCUCCUGUACUGCCACUGCGACUGCUGCAAGCGCUCCUGCCCGCAAUUGCCCAUACCCGGCGAGGACGACAAACUGGCCAUGCUGCCGCCGGAAGUGACCGUCUCCAUGGCGACCGACAUCGACAUCAGCAAGUAGGAGCGGGUCGGAGCACUGCGGCGGCCCGGGCAGCACCAGCGGCCGACAGGCUGAGCAGCACCAGCGGCCGACCGGCUGACCAGCACCGGCAGUCGGACGCCUGGGGUCGGAUCGGUCUCCUCCGCCGCCCGCAGCGUCCGGAAAACUCGGUCGCGUUCACUGGCAACCUAUCUGUGAUGCAUCUGCACCCCGCCGCGCGACCUUCCUACAGUGCAUUUUGUGCCUUAGUUUGCGCGCCCGCGUGCCUCAUUUAAUGUUCGCGCGGGAUGGAGGAGUCCCCGGCAGACAGAGACUAGCCCUUUGAGCGGCGACGGCAGGCAGUACAAAGUCGACACUGGCGCCUCUGGUGGUCGUUGGAGACAACGUAUCGUUAGUUUUGCUAGCGCUAGGUUGUUUUAGCAUACCGUCGACGGUUUAGAAUGCGUUCGACCUUCCGGCAUUCGGGGCACGCCCACUAUAAUUGCGUGCACCGACUGGUCACGACUAACGCUGUUUCUGAUAGGUCGAAGUUCCGUUUCAGAAGCGAAGCUCGCCUUCAAAGCCGACAUCGGCCUCGCAAAUAACGCACAGCGCGCACUUCAUCGGCCCUUGGCCGGCCCCGUGUGUCACCCUGCUUGUACUCGGUGAUACGCGACGUUAUCAGGCAGACCUCUGCUUACAGCGCGUGGAGACGUGGAUCAUUCCAAGAAGCGUGUGCUCUUUCCUGCCCUCACGCCGAUGUCACGGACAAAACGGGCCCAUAACAGCGCGGAGCAGGCAGGACGCGUACAGUAUUAGCGACCAACAGCGUCGGUGACAUACAGACACUGUGGUGUGCUGUGAACAGCCCACCGGUGGUAGUAAAAUGGAAAUCGCACUGCUUUAUUUGCACCUAAACUAUGUGGAUUGUUCAUCAGAAUAUUUAGAAGUUGAACUCAUGCAUGCCACUGGUAUCAGCAGAUAUAUGAGCUGCUGAACCGGAAUGCGGUCUUACGGUCAAUGGGAGAUAUGGCACACGUCUUUGUGAACUGUGAUACCCGCGCGCAAUGUACAUAAUAUUCUGUUUCCUGAAGUUCUCGCACGUACCCGCAUGCUCACUAGUCAUCUAAUGCGCUUUGAACGGGUUUCCUGUGAGCGAAGCCCGUCCUGUUUACGAUUCGCUUGUGAACGUCAGUUCGAUCAUGGCGUAAACUUUUUCAUCAAACGUCCGAAGGCAAUACGAUACCAACAGUACAUGAGCUGAAGAGU